AUGGCGGAUAUUAAACCCCAACCUUCUGGCCCGAGAGAUACUUUUAAAUGCACUACCUGCAAAAGAGGAUUCGCUAAUAAGAAGAUUCUUAUACGACAUCGCCGAUUAAAGCAUCGGAAUCCACAAUCAGCUACUUCAACUGCCCAGGCUGCGCUUGAACGGGUACUCUCACAAGCAGUUGCGUCUCAGUCAGGAGGUCCUUUUAGCGACAUCGACAUUUCUAUUCGCGAUGGCAAAUUUUCCUUCUCAGCUAAGCUGCGGAACUUGGAUCAAUCUGCCCCGGAUGCCCAAACAAAUACAAGUGCACUAAGCAACAUCCAGAGCAAUCACGCAAGCCAAACCAAGCUGGAAAGCCAAUCACAGAUCACACUGGAAGCUCCUGUGCAGCAAAUGGGCGAAUCAUCAGCAGUACAUCAAGCUCUUGUCCAAAGAUCCUUUGCUUGUAGUCUUUGUGACGAGACCUUCAACUCCCAACAUGUACUUGGCAGCCACAAAAAGAUUAAGCACAAGACGAUCAAGUGCCCAGAUUGUAAUAGGUCCUUCCACUUACAAAAGGCGCUUGAGAAUCAUCAAAGAGACAAGCAUGCAGCGCCCCGGGUUUCUCCUCCCCGACAGAUCAAGCAAGAACCUGAAGAACUGAGUGAACCCAUCGCUUAUACUCAGCUCCCGGCGUGCCAAUACCCAGCCGAUUACAAUGAGUCUAAACCACCAAUCGAGCCCAUCACCACAUCCACCGCACACCAACACCUAGUCGAUCUCAAGUAUCGACCCAUGACCCCGCCGUUGGCUUAUCAUGAUGAUCACUGUAUGAGAUACGAUGCGCCUGAACCACUGAGCGGACCCAUCACUCCAUCCUUCGCAAACCAACAUCCAGUCGACCUUGAUGAUCAAUCGAUGAACCCGCCAUGCGCUUAUUCUAACGAUCAAGACGGCGAUUCUCACUAUUCUUCCGGCUCGGACUCGGACCAGAACUCAGACUCGACGGGCAGUGAAGAGGAGGACGACUCAGCUGAUGAUGAAGACGAUGGCAACUCGUCGGUCGAUGACCAAGAUGAAACGGAAUGGAGAGAUGGCGACAAGUGGCCCGAGUAUGGCGAAAGGCUGAGUGGCAUGUCAUGCCUUGCCAAACAUCUCGGCUGUUCACAAAUCUUCCAUAAGGCCUCAGGAAUGCUUUACCAUGUUGAAACCUGCCACCAGAACGACUUCCUAUGGAAAUCCCCAGACGAUCUCUUCCAAGCCAUGAUGCAACUUGAAGAAAUACGCAUGCUCUACGAUCAGGGGACGAACCUCUAUUACUGCCCAAUCUGCAGGGGCACCCAACAAGGCAUAUUCAGGUCGAUAAGUUUUCUGGUUAAACACGCUGAGAGCAAUUUGUGCAGUUUGAAGAUCCGCAGCGGUCCUAUAGCUAAAUUGUACGAUGCGGUUCAUGAAUAUGCUUGGGAAAAGUCCGAGGGAGUUUGCAAGGGAAUAUAA